UGAUGAGAGAGAUGCGUGUGGGUAAGAAAGUAAACCCUAAAGCCGAAGCCUAGGGCGCCGCCUCGCGAGGUUCGAUCACGACUCUGCGCAAGCAAUGGCGAAGAAGGGGAAAGGGAAGGUGAAGAAGCAAAAGCCGGUGACGAGGCAACCACAAGGUAACGUCAAAAUCGUCAAGAAGAAACUCAGGAAGAAGAAGAAGCCUCAGAAAUACCAAGUUCCAGUCCCAACCAAAGACACCGCGAUUCCCAUUCAGACCGAUUCGGACGAAGACGAUGAUUCCUCCUCCGGCGAGACCGAGCCCGAGAAGAUCCAGAAGCUUCUCGAGCCCUACACCAAGGACCAGCUCAUCGACUUCCUCGUCGGCGCCGCCGUGUCCGACACUUCCCUCUUCACGCGCCUCCGCGAUGCCGCGGAUUGUGACGUAUCCCAUCGCAAGAUCUUCGUGUAUGGCCUCGCGUGGGACACAACGCGCGAAACCCUAGUCUCCGCCUUCGAGUCCUACGGCGAGAUCGAGGACUGCAACGUCGUCUUCGACCGGGUCACAGGCAAGGCCAAGGGCUACGGCUUCGUCCAGUUCAAGACGAGGCGGGAAGCGACCAAGGCGUUGAAGCAGCCGAGGAAGAAGAUCGGGAAUCGGGUCGCGUCGUGCCAGUUGGCGUCUAUUGGUCCGGUGGCGCCGCCGCCGAUCCAGGACACAGGCGGUCGGAAGAUUUACGUGAGCAACGUUCAGGCUGAUGUAGAUCCGGAGAGGUUGAGGGCUUUUUUCGCAAAAUUUGGAGAAAUCGAGACCGGUCCCCUGGGAUUCGAUAUGCAAACAGGUAAGUCCCGUGGUUUUGCAUUGUUUGUGUACAAGAAACAGGAAGCAGCGAGGAAGGCAAUUCAGGAUCCGUACAAGAUGUUUGAGGGUCACCAGUUGCACUGCCAGAUGGCGAUUGAAGGGAAGAAUAAGUCUGGAGGUGCGGCAUCCGUGACAACAGCGGUGCAACAGGUGCAGCCUCCGAUGAUGGCAGCGGCGCAGAAUUUGGCUCUGUUCAAUCAGAACCCCGGUUUAGUGUAUGGUGGAUUUCUUGCGAAUCCAAAUGCUGGUAUGCUCGCUGGGGGGAUGAUAAAUCCGAUUUCGGCUGGUUUGGGCCGAGGGUUCGUUGGUUCGAGUCAGGUGGGGCAAGUUGUGGGUAGCGCUGGUGGGUCCUAUCCAUUAAGUAGUGCGACUAUGGGUUUAGGGGGUUAUAGUGCACCUGGGUCGCAAGGUUUGGGUAAUUUAGGUGCGACUCAAUCCGUACUUGGCGUGUAUGGGUCAAGUGCUACACCAACGCAACAGGGCCUGCAGCACGCGUACCCGAGCUCACAAAUUGGACAGAUGCCAUCAGUUAGAGCUCCUGGUGCUGGUGGGUCUUUCAGUGGGUACCCAACACAUAUGCGAUGAAAUGCAGCUCAGCUUGUUGAACGUGUUCACUAUUGGAGAAUGUUAUCUAUGGCAUACUCUAGGCUAACUGCAUGGUACUGGACGUUGCAAUUUCAGAGAGAAACUUUCAAGUGAUUUAUUUUUGUAAUUCUUAGUUCCUACUGAGCAAGCUUAAUGAUAGCUUGGCUGACAGUCUGUCAUUAGCCUCCUCGUAUGGGUUUGAAGAUAUUUUGGAUGUUCUUUAUGAUAUUUUGAUCUUUCUUAAUUUUAGAUACUCUUUUUUUUUUUUUAAAUUAAGUUGGUUAUUUUCCUUUCAAAAGGUGAGCUUUAUGUCUGCUGAUGUAUUUUGCUUCCUCUGGCAUCCCCCUUUCUCCUUCUAGUAUAUAUAUGUGUACAAUAUGGUCUUGCUCUUUGAUUAUCACAGAGGAAUUUCGUUUUCCAUUUGAUAUUCAUUAUUUCUCUUUCUGGAUUUCAUGUUUUAUUGUUUUGUUUGCAUCAGGCACAGCUUUUUUAAUUUAUAUUUUUCUGAAGUACUUGUUUUUUAAUGUAUUUUUAUUAUUAUUAGUUCUGAAAAUGAAAUUUUCCAUAUUUACAGGAUACAACUUUCUUGGUGAUCCAUUUUUAUUGCUUUGCUAACUGAACUGUUAGGUUACUGGACGGUUUUGAAUGCUUUUCUGUUGAGAUGUUUUGGUUGUGAAAAAUUCAUAUGAUUCCAUCAACUCCCAUGUGCCCAUCUUGCUUUUAUGCGGCAAGUGAUUUUCUAAAGAGAGCACUUCAUGUUUCAGGCUUAUCUCUUGUGCUUUAAUUGCCACAGAUGGCUUUACUAUCAGUAAUACUAUUAGUUUCUACUUUAAUUACUACUAAAGUUAUUUUAUUUAAAAUCAAAUAAUUGAUGCUCAUUUUAAAUGCUAAUGGUAGUUUCGAUGUUCACAGGAUACUACGUGCGAUACUAUUAGUUUAAUCAUAUUUUUUGGUGUCCGCUGCAAAUCAUGCUUGCAGCCUGGCCAUUUGAUAUAUGGAUGACUGAUUAUGUGUAAAAGAAAAUGCAAAGAAGAGCCAUAGUAGUAGUUAGUUAUGGAAUUCUUCUCGAGUGAACUAAAAUUCCUACUACUUAAGGUUGAUAAAUAGUGUGCUACAUGGCUUUUUUUUUAAAGAGAAUCUACCACCUUUUUUGUUUUGGUUUAAAAAAAAUAAUUUCUAGUUAUAAGUUAUAUCCAUGUCUUCUAUAUUGUGAUUAUACUGAAAUUGUUGUUGGUGAAUUUUGGAGCUGUAUACAUUCUUUGGUAGCAACCGUAGCAUACUGUUGUGGCAUAAUUACUGAAGCUUCACAAUAUUUACUUGUUUACCUAAUUUUACUUUUUUCUAAUCAAAAGAACGUAGCUGGCAUUUGUUUGUUUAAUAAAUAAUUAAAUACAAUUCAGAUAUGCUUGGGCAGUUGGGUUAAUAUUUGGUACUUAUUGCUUCUUUCUGACUAGUAAGGCAUCUUGCAUCUCUUUUAGAUAUCUUUGCAUAUAUUUAUCUUUUUAUAUAUCCUAAAGGUUAAUGGGCAUUUUAGGGAUAGUUGUUUUGGAUCAAUUUCAAUCCGUUCUUUUUAUUCUUUUGACAUUUAUUUCUCUUCUUUGCUUUCUUUUGAUCCCAAGGAUUGAUCAAAGUGGAGGUAUGGGAGAGUCCUUUUAUGAUGUUGAUGCAUUUUCAAUGGCUUACAGAAAUGAAUUGGUAUUAAAUUGUUUCCUUGAUUUUAAAGAUAUAGGCUGGGCUAUUUUUGGAGUGCUUAGAAGUUUAAGGUUUUCAAGUGUCUGACCUCUAGUUCUUUUAGACGUGUGCUGACAGAUUGUUUUUAGAGGAUAAGAGGCAAUCAAAUAUGAUAAUCGUGCAUCCAAGUCAUAUUGGUGAAAAGGGAACUUUCGGUAUAUAUAUACUGGUCAUACAUUUUAUGGGAUUAGUCAACAGAUAAUCUCAUACUGAAUUGCUGUGCCAACAAAGUGGUAGUGGUUGUGGAGCACUACGAGUCUUAGAAGUUCAAGGUUUUUUUUUUUAGGUUAUUGUUGGGAUGUGCGUGGAAGUCAUGAACUCAGCAUUACAAGUGUGAUCUCCCCUUGCUUUUUGCCGAGGAAGGAAGGCAGUCAAGUGCUUCUGUUACGCUCAUAUUGGCAUUGGCUUUGCCUUAUUAAAGGUGACUUAAUGUGCAUUAUCUAUUGAUAGUGUGACUUUUUUGUAUUUCAAUAUAUAUUAAGCGUUCUGCACAUUGUUUUAGAUACAAGUGCAUAAAGAAUGCUCACAUGUAGCCGAGCAGGUAUUGAUCUAUUCCAAAAAAGUUUGUGUACGACUUUGUCUAUUUGUCAUGUAUGUGCUCAUGUUGAUAAAUUUAAAGAUUAUUGUUAAGUCAUGCUGAUAUUGACUACCGUCACCUUAAUGCCUUAAUUCUGUGACCAUCAUUCCGUUUUUAUGUGGCUGAGUGGUAGAAAAAGAAUUACAAUUUCAGAUUGAAAUGUUUCAUAGAGAAUAAGAAAGAUGUCAGUACAUUGUAUAUAGAUAUUGAUGUCCAUCAGUUAAAUUGUCUCGGAGGCCUUUGUUUAUUCACAUUGUAAAGUUUAUGAGGAGAAUCUUUUGUGGUAAUAGGAUUUCAGGUGUCCUGCAUUCAAUGUGGUGUCUGCAGUUUUUGGGUAUAUUAUUAUGACAUGGCUAUGUUAUAUUGUUGAAGAGUUGACAGCGUUUCUUGCUAGUACAGAGGUCUAGUGACAGUGCAUGAUAAAUCGGAAUUUUGCUACUUGGGAGGCAUCUGCUUCUCUCCUUCAAUUAGCAACAUGUGAAGGGUAAGCUUCUCCUGCCUCAGCACCUGCUAGUCUGGAAGCGCUAUUUCUUAACAUUACCGUUUGGGUUCAUAUCUUUGAUUUUGUUCAAAAAAUACAUUGCUAAAGUUGAUUUUUAUUUUUUAAGUUGUACUUCAAAACUCCUAGAAAAGCAGGAAAGUCUCAUCCUAAUUGAUAAAGUUGAACAAUGUUCAACAUUAAAUCAUGUUUAUAUUUAGUUUCCAUUUAAUUUAUCUAUGGAGGUUAGGAAUAUUCUCUCUUUUGUUGUGAUAAAAUUGUAUUUCGACAAAGAAAAAGAAAACGAUUUAUUCUUAAUGAGCGGAAGCCUCAACCUAUAAUGGUGAGAUGACGCUUGGUAUGUUGUUAACUGACUGACUAGUGUUGUAAGUUUGAUUGGAUAAGGUAAAAUGGGCAGAUGACAUUGUUCAUAUCCGAGGAUGGAUUCAUCAGAGGUAAACACUUUCUCCCCUUUAAUUUGGGUUCUUUUAUUAGCUUUAUAUUUUGAUUUAAUUCAUAAAAUUUAGAUUAAACAUCAGAAUGAAUCAUUUUGAUUUUGAAUGGGUUCUUUCACGUGGAAUAUUUUUUCCAUGAAAGAAAUGCGAGCUGCAUCAAAUUUUAAUAUGAUAUUUCUGUCAGGAACUCAGCAACAAGAACUCUUCCUAUUAAACAUGGAGCAUUAGGAAUUCAAGUGUAGGUGGCUUGUAAUUAGAUUGUGAUACCACAUUAGCAUGAGAACAUGGUAUCACUAUUGCAUUUAAGUAUUUUCCCAACCUGAAGGGAAGUGAGACAGUUAAAAUGUGAGAUUGAACUCAGAAGCACAUUGCCACUAUUAUGGAUAUAAACCCCCAAUAUUUAAAAUACUAUUGGAGGUUCCAAACAAUAUAAUAUCAUAUUUAUAUUUAAUAAUGACCGGGCGAGGUCAUUAUAAGAUCAAGCAAUUUCCCAGUAAUGUUGCCGAAAAACAUUUUGUUGACUUGUUGUAAAAAAAGGUUUCAAAUGCUCAUUCCAUUUUCUAUUUUCAAUAUCUUCCAACUCCAUUGUUCACAUAAAAUGAGUCAAUUAGCCGUCUAAAGGAGAGUUACCCUCCCUAAAAACACCGCGAUAUACAAAGCAUCAUUUUAAUUCCGGUGAAAGGUUAUAGUAUCGUGCCUUCCUUAGUAUUAAGUUACUAUAGUGUUUUUUAUUUUAUUUUUUUUCGGAUGGAAGAAAGGAUCGUAGAAACUUAAUCUUAGGAAGGCAGGAUAGAAUCUUGAUCAUCUCCAGGUAAAUUCUAAAUUUGAAUAUCUUUUAUGAAAAGUCUAACUCUUUCUUCAAGGGCCUUUGCAGCUAAGGGAAUACCGCCACACUUCUCACUUCCUUCCCGAUGGCCACGAGAUUUGGACUUUAUUCAUUUUUUGGGUCCAAAUUUGGGUUUACUUAAAUAACCAGCAAUCAUCUUUUAGCAAAUGUGACAAACAAUGAGGUGGAAGUGUCGCGUAAUCAGUGCAACAUUUUUUGGACAAGUAAUAAUGACGGAAGUUCCUCUA